GUGGUGGAGCUGCUGCAGCUCUGGGCGGACGAGUCGGUGCAGCUGGAGCUGGAGAGCUGCCUGAGGAACCAGCACGUCUUCAACCGCAUCGCCGAGGUGCUGCGGGAGAAGGGCAUCCACCGGACGGGCGACCAGUGCCGCGAGAAGAUCAAGAAGAUGAAGCUGGAGUACCGGCGGCCGGAGGGCGGCAGCAUGAUGGCUCAGCAGGUGCUGCAGGACACCAUGGUGGAGACCUACCACCACCAGUUCACCUCCUCGGCCCUGCCCUUUGCCGCCUCCCAGCACCCCGAACUGAUGGAGAUCAAAUGUGAGGAGGUGAACUCUGACGAGCACAGCUUGACCCCAGAGCCCCCGCCAUCCAUGUCCUACCAGCAGGGCUCCCCUGAAGAGCACGAGAUGGAGAGAGCUUUCCUGGAGACCACCCAGAACGACUCUCCCAUCUCCAGGGUGAAGAUUCCCAUGGAAGCCAGUGUUUCACCCUCAGGUUUCGGCGAGCCCGCCAUGGCGAACUCCUCCCGGCUGCAGAGCGCGGUUCCCCGGCCCGGCUUCUCCGCCCUGCACCGCCUGAGGAAGAAGCGGCGGGGGCAGCGGGCGAAGGACCCCCUGGACGACCUGCUGCUGAAGACCCUGUCGUCGCAGCGGGCCCUGGAGGAGC